AUGGAGGCUACGGAUGAUACUACAUCACAAGACUCUCUAGUUGGUGUAGGAGCUGGUGGCAAAUGGAAAUUUUUUGCUUCCUCUUCCAAAAAAUUCAAAGGCUCUGGCUCAUCAUCUACUAAGGAUCUUCCGUCUACGUACACAGAGUAUAUAAAGAGUUGGAACAAGAUACUUAGAGCUGCCAUGGACCAAGGAGAUUUCCACUUGUGUUGGGCUGUUGCAAUAGCAAGAUGCAUGGAAGCAUGGCUUGCUCUUAGAGGUGUAGUUGUUGAGCUAUCACCGCAACAUUUGAUAAACAAUAUUAAAAACAUGUGUAAAACAUCGGGUAAAAUCGGUAAAUACGACGAGAUCAAAAAGUUUUUGACAGAACAUGGUCUUGUUCUAGAAAAAACUUGUCCAUACUCAGGAAAACUCAAACAAAUCUGUCCCAAAAGUUACGUUGCGAAAACUGAUGAACCUGCAUUCAAAAUCAGGGAUUUGGUACAUAAGAAAGACAAAGAAGUGAAAGAAGAAGAGUUGAUCCAACUUGUUAACGAUGGCCCUCUACUUGCUGUGAUAGAUUGUUACAAAAGCUUUAAGAAAUGUAAAGAUGAAAUCUAUGAAGGUCAAACAUAUUGCAAAGACACACCCAUGGGUCUCCAUGUAGUCCUAGUGACUGGUUUUGGCACAACUCCAGAAGGUGUCAACUACUGGGAAAUUCAGAAUUCUUGGGGUACAGGAUGGGGACAGAACGGUUUUGGCAAAAUUACAAGGAAGUCCAGCCGAGGAAAGAACAAACCGUCCAUGUUCGUCGAAACCAUUCAGCUGGUGGUUUGAGAGAAAGUUUGAUAUGGAGACUCUCUUCUUCUAAAUAAAUGACGGAGGGCUUCCUUUUUACAGGUUUAGUUGCCAAUAGAUUUCUCAAGUCAGUAGGACCAACUUUGAAAGUAUUCAGUGCUGACCUUUACUGAUAGAAAAUGCCACUUUAGUUUUUUCUGUAAAUAAAAUAUUAUGCAACUUGAGGUUUCAGUUGAUGGUAUAUAACGAUUUAAAGUGCUUGGCUUUUCAUUGCA